AUGUCCUCCUUCUUCGGAUCCGCCCCAAACAUUGGGUCAACCGUGGGCGGGACCAGCAUGUAUGCCACCCUUGAUGAGUUUGACGAGGGUUCCGUGGUCAACCACAGAGACGACUUGUCUUACAACUUUGGCCGCCCUGCCUUCGAGGGAGAAGUAACCGCCUGCUAUGACGAUGGGAUAUUGUUCCGCAUUGUAGAGGGAGGACGCCCAAAACGCUGGUCUUUUUAUAAUGAUACCCCAAACUGUCAGAUUCAGGUGGAGGUGAUAUUCGGUCCCGGCUCCCAGAUUAGUGCUCUUGGAAAUACAGUCAUGGAAAAGAAUGAGAAGGACUUGGACGUCUGCAAAGUAACUGUGUAUCCACUUGAAACUGAACUUUUCAUUGAGGGUGAGCCUAAUGGAUAUUCAUGCGAAUUCGUGGCAAAUGAGCUUGCCGACGAUUACCUAGAGGAUCUUGUGGCGCAAGACAGGGAUGUAAUCCAGCAGGAAACCUACGAUGUGUACCAGUUGGUGGGAGAGAAUGCCUCUACCGAUGAUACAGUGAAGGCGUGCGUCGCUAGAAAAGUGAAGUUUGUCGAUUUCGCAUUCCCCCCGGAGCAAGAGUCGCUACAAAUCGGAUCCAUAAUGCAGAUGAAGAUGGUGCCAUUCGAACGACCGAGCAUGUACCUCUCAGAUGAAAACGCCAAACAGGCUCGGCUAUUCCGCAAUGGUAUUCAUCCUUUUAACAUUGAUGAGGGUGAUUUGGGUGAUUCAUGGUUCGUUGGUGCCGUGGCAUGCAUGGCUGAGUACCCAGACAGGGUGCGUGAUCUUUUUCGCCACCCAGUCAGUCUGGAUGAGGGCAAACGGGAGCGCGAGGUUGGUGCUUACCGUGUUACCUUCAAUAAGAAUGGCUGGUGGACAAAUGUCAUCAUUGACGAUUAUUUGCCUUGUGCCGGUGGUCGCCCAAAGUUUGCGCGUACCAAAGGCGACCCGCUCGAAUUGUGGAUCUCAAUUCUUGAAAAGGCCUACGCCAAAAUUCACGGUGGCUAUGGCUUCAUCAUUGCGGGUGAUCCAUUGCAUGCCUUACAGGAUAUAACAGGUUACCCCUGUUCAUCUUUCAACAAUGCCCUCAAUGAAGCUGCCUUGGGUGAAGGUGGUGAACUAUUCGAGCACUUGAUGCAUUACAGUGAUUUUGGAUAUCAAGCUAUGAUGGUUACUCCCACAAGGGAAGUAUUGGGCGAGGGGUCAAACGGCCUGGACGAAGAUGCAUACCACAAUGCCAAGCUGCAACUUGGACACGUGUACGCGGUGUUAAGAGUGGUGUACUUCCCUGAACACAACCUUCGCUUGCUACAGUUUCGGGAUCCGUGGACCCGUGAAUGUGGUGAUGAGAGGGACCUGCUUUGGAGAAAGGGUGACAGCAAGUGGGACCAAUAUCCUGAGGUAAGUGCCACCUGUGGAUACCAUGAAGUGGACGAUGGUACCUUUUAUCUUGAGUGGGCAGAAGCCUUGAUGUACUUUACGGGUUGUGGUGUGUGCUUUAUUCAGCACCCAAUGUACGACUUCCGCAUCCGUGCCCAUUUCAUGCAUAACGUACCCACCACGUGCUUGGAAAUAUCGGUGGGCAUGCCCGUCGUUUUGUGCAUUAUGCUUUCCCAGGAUGAUAAACGUGGUAUGGAUAAAGCAGAGUAUUCGCCUAUCAUGAUCAGUAUUGCCCACGGAUGUGGAGCUGUGUCGCCCAUGCGUGUGGAUCUCAACAGUGGAUUUGAUACCGACCACCCCAAUCCUGACUACACAUUUUUCGAAUCGCGUGAGACUAGCAUGUUCUAUGAAUUCUUACCGGAACAUUCCCCAUACUUGGUGGUGCCGCGGGCCAUGAGCAUGUACCCGGAUCUGCCCUACGUGCUUGGCGUGCGCAGUCCUGUGGAGGUGGGGACGCCGUCUAGCCACGUGCGUGUUGCAUUCCGUUCCCUGGACCCGGGCUGCCGCAUAUUUGAUAAUGUCAGGCACUUCGAAUCCUUGACAGUGCCGUGCGAGGCGGAGUUCCAGGCGCUUUCACCCGAACAGUUCUUCCCUGAUAUUUACGUCGGUACCGUCAUCCAGGUGGAUUGA